UUUUUUUAAUUUUAUUUUUUUUUAUUUUCCUUCUCUCUUCCUUUCUCUUCCUUCUCAUUGUCUUCUUAGCUUUAUUACCAACACAUGCAAGUUUCAACGCCAAUACCUCAUAUCAAUCAGGAAAACGAUUGGGACUGUGGGCUAGCUUGUGUUGCCAUGGUCGCCAAUGCUCUCGGUGCACGUUUGUCCCUAGCAGAGGUCGCCAUGCAUUGCAAAGACGAGUCAGUAUGGACAAUUGACUUGGCCUAUAUUUUGCGGAAAUUGUCUGAUGACCAAGUCAGUAUACCUCGUCUCAAUUUCUCAAAACGAUUACAAAUCCCAAAUCUCUCACCCAGACGUGACGAAGGCUGGGAUUUUACGUAUUAUACAAGCACCAUUGGUGCCGAUGCAGCGCAUUCUAGAGAAAAGUUUUAUAGGAAGUCAUUUGAUGAUGAUCAGAAGAGAGUUAAUGCUCUGUUCGAUAAUGCGGAUGCUGAAAAUGUCAGAGUGAUUCAGUUGGUACUUCCGCUUGACGACUUCAAACGCUUCCUGUAUUGCAGAAAGUACGGGAUUAUCACACUUGUCAAUCAACGAUUGUUGAGCUGUCUUCAAUGCUUGGAAAAAACUACAAUCUGUAAUUGCACUAUAGGAGUAUUCGACUCAUUUGUGCAAAGGAUGAAAGGUUUUCGCUACAUUGGACAUUUCAUUCUACUGGUGGCCUACGAGCCAAAUACAGAUAUGUUUUAUUAUCGAGAUCCAGCGGUGAGGGAUGAUUUAUGCAGUAUUUCGGCUUCUAACUUGGAGCGUGCCAGAAGCUCCAAUGGUACUGAUCAUGACUGUAUUGUGGUUAAAGUGUCUUAAUUAAACGCGGUUUAGUCUGAUAUUCAGGAUUCCUCAACCAUUGUAAAUAAUUGAAAGAAGCCGAUCUGCAAGGAGAAUUUUUUUCCUGUUUAGAUGUUAAAUAUACCACUUUUAUAGUUUAGCUUAGCAUGAAUAAAGCAGAUGUCCUGCUUCGCCCAUCCAUCUGUGGCUGGGCGAGAUGGUCUUGAU